AUGGCGGACAGGCCGUCACCUCUGCCAGUGGAAUUAAAUGAGUCAACCAUAACAGCAAUCGUUAGAAGGGUUUAUGACUCAGUGCAGUCCGUAAGAGAAGAAAGGCCUAGUCCAGGAACCUGUGCUACUAUAAAUAAUGCCUCUGUAGAAGACGAAAUGUCACAGCGAUUUAGUUUGCCACGCCGUGGGCAACUAGGUCUACUAGGACAAGAGCAAAGACCACAACAAGGAAACCGUCCAAGUUUUUAUAAUUCAAGGCCUAGAUACAAUCCACAAGCAAACUACGGGCACGGUAGUGUAGCCAAAGGGAAAGAGAAAGGCAAGUCUGGUAAAUCCAAGGUCAAGGAGACAGUUUUGAACAGGAAAGAGUUAAUUCUGCUUCCAUCCCCAACGUAUACCCAAGUGCCCCGUUUUGAGAAUAAGCGGAAACUGCAAGAACUUGGUUUAAUAAUUGAUGGCUUUCCCUUUGACAAAUCAUGGGAUGAUAAGCAACUGCGGUUGAAGGUAAUUUUUUAUUUUGUUAUUUUCUGCAUCAGCACCCUUUGAUCUUUGCGUUUUUUCUGAGGGGUAAGGCAAAAAUUUCUUAAUUUCUGAGAGGGUGCUUGUGUCGGCACUUUGAUAUUUUUUUCUUAGGGGUUUAAAUUUUAUUGACCUCGUCCAUAGGGGGGGGAGGGGGUGUAUAUUAAAUGGAUGGCCCACUGUUGCCAUGUUGGAUGACAUUGACAAAGGAUUUUGCUUGUUUGCAAUGCAAAUAUUAUGCAAAAAUCUUAAAAUAUUUUUCCUUGGAACCCCCUGGGAUUGGUUGGACAUCAUCUAAUGUUGAUACCAUAUUUUUCAAAUAUUAUUUAAACAUUAAACUGCAGAGCUUCUCCAUUGGCGGGUAAAAUUGUCUGGCAUUAGACAAGUAAAAAAAUAUAAGUGUGGCGCAUUGUGGCUCAAUGGGUUAAUCAAAGUUGAAUCAGCCUUAAUUUUUACCAAAUUCACAGUUAUUUUUGUAAAUUAACUUUCUCUUGUACUAGGAAUUACCUGAAUUCCAUUAAUUUACCUGAAUUUCUUCUGUAAUUCUACCUGAAUUUACCUGAAAUUGCCCACAUGAGCAAUUAUCAGGGCAGUGUUACACCCCCCGCUCGUUACGGCCCUGCAGGGAAGCCCCCUCUAAAAUUGCCCCCUCAUAUUUCACAAAAAUUUGGCUUGGGGCAUUGUUGGCAGAUAUAAUACAAGGUCACAUGGCUUUGUUGAAAUGCAUAUUGUCAAUUGCUGAGCAAUGUGAUAUAACUAGCAAAUUAUAUGGUUCAUUAUCUAAUAAAGGUCUGCCUGAUUUACACCAAAUCGUCAAUUUCAAUAAAUUAAUUGAAAUAAUUUGACUUGUCAAGGAAGUGCUGCCACUCAUGUGUCCAAUGAUAAAAAUAUCGAAACUUUAUAACAUGACUGCCAAAAUUCAGAAGAUUCAGUCUUCGUACUGAAAGGAUAAGUUUCCAACUGGUUUACAGUGGUAACUGGCCAAACUGCAUUAUGGCAACAUGAGAUAAAAGUACUUGUGAGACCAAACUCCAAUGGUUAGGACCCUACCAGAACCUUAAACUAUUUCAAAAGUGACAUUUAACAAAUAUAAAACAUUUUCCGUGUUGAUAUACAGUUAUAUCAACACGAGUGGAAUUGGGAAAACGAGAAAUUGUAUGGAAACACGACGCCCGAAGGGCGGAGUGUUUUCAUACAAUUUCGAGUUUUCCCAACUUCCACGAGUGUUGAUAUAACUAUAUAUCAAUACGGAAAAAAAUGUUUUAUAUUUUUUUUAUAAUAUAACAAUGUCAAAAGUCCGAAGGAUAAGAAAAAUUUCCGUGUUUGCCAGCAGCGGAAAAUUUCCUGUGUUGACAUUGAGUUAUAUCAACACGGUUCUUAGUUACUAUAUAUCAAUACGGAAAAAAUGUUUUAUAUUUUUUUUAUAAUAUAACAAUGUCAAAAGCCCGAAGGAUAAGAAAAAUUUCCGUGUUUGCAAGCAGCGGAAAAUUUCCUGUGUUGACAUUGAGUUAUAUCAACACGGCUCUUAGCCAAUCAGCGCUCAGAAUUUACAAAUGCUAUAUUAUAAAAGUAAAUAUGAAAAUUUCAGUACAUAAUGUAAUUAUUACACUUCAGGUAAAUUUUUAACAUUGGAGUUCAAAUUUCAGGAUUGCAAAUUUGUCGUUUAUCUUUUCUCCAUGUUAAUGUUACUUUAUAACUUUUCUUUUUGUUAAAGAUCGGUGGUGCUCUUGUGCAGAAAUUAGAGGAUGAACAGGGUGAAUUUGUUCAAUUUGAAUUUGUGAAAAGCAUUGGACAAAAUAUUUGUCCUCUAAAUUUGUAUCUAAAUAAAGAGCCCUCAGGUGAAAAUAUCCAUGCUAUGUGUAAGCAAGGUCCAAUUUAUGUACGGGCAAGUAAGGCAUUGAAGGUGUGGGCACUCAAUGAACUUUUUGAAUUGGAUGAAACAUCGGAGAAUAGCAACGGAACUGAAGAUGAAGCCUAGUAUGUCUACAAGCUCAAGUAGUCGCAGUCAUUCAAGAGGAACAAGGAGAUAUAGACAAUCAACUCUUAAUCUCACCAGUCAAGCUAGUAAGCGUGUACUAGAGAAUACAGAGACAAGAAAUAAUCAGUCAUAUCAGAACGCUGUUUCUGGAGAAGAAACAACACCUGUAAGUAUUAAGAAUAACCACAGAGUAUUUACAUACAGAGGUCUCACUUGGGAUUUUUCAGUACUUAAUGUUCUUAGGAAGCGCCUUGAAGACUUAUUGAAAUUUAAUGUCAGGGAGAGUGAAUUCCCCUGUUUAGAGUACUUGCUAAUAGCACAGUGGCCAGAUUGAAAUGCACAAUAAAAACUGCUUAAGGUGGCUCCCUACAUGUUACUAGAAAAUGGGAAGACGUUCUCUGAAUUAGACCAAAUUUUCAACAAUUCCUAUACCGUAUGUUGAAAGACAAAGAAAGCUCGAUUAGACUACAGAGUUGGAUUUUUUCAGAAAAAGGUAUUGCAACUGCCAUUGCUAUGGCAACAAUGAUGCUUCAAUAUGGCCGAUUUGUUAUUUCAUAAAAAGAUGAUGAUUUAAAAAAUUCUGUCGUGCGAAAAAAAUUAUUACAAAUUGUGAUUUAGUGACACUUUCCGAUCUUAAAAAAUUUUGGAUGGCAGAAUUUUUUUUUAAAUCACGAAAAUGAUUCAACAUAUUAAAAGAAAUCAUGCUAUAAAAUAAGAAAUUGGGGUCACAGAUCUUAUUGUUGAAUUAAAACCAAAACUAUUGCCAAUUUUGCCAUAGCAAUGGCUGUUAGGAGUAAAGACUCCAAACUUCUUAGUUACCAUAUUGUUUUAAUGAAGUCAGACACUAUUUGCUUUUCAACAAAUAAUUAUUGUUCAUAAAUUCAUGUCCAAAUCAGAAAACCUUCCACUUUUUAAAAAGUGUAGAUUGCCUCCUUAACCCAUUGAGUCGCAUUGCAACCUGAUGCACCCCACUUUAGUAUUUUACUCUGUCUAAAUCCAGACGAUUUUACUCGUCAAGGGGAGAGCGCUGGCGCUUAAUGGGUUAACAGGUUUUCUAUUGAAGUGAUACCUCUAUACAGUUAGUACCACAUGAUGUGUACUUACUUUUUGCUGGUAGCACAUGACCUUUCCAAACCUGGCAGGGUAUUAAAAACCGUAAUGUAUUCGGUAUAUUUGUAAGUCUGACAUGUCAUAACUGCCUUGGAAUGAAACAUGAUUGGAUUGAUGGGACUGAGGAAUGCUGUAGUGAAGUUUGCUCAUAUUAUUCUAACUCGUAGUUUUGAAUACCUUUCACGAAACUAUACUUUAUGUACUAUAUUUUCAAGACCACGCACACAUUGAGUAUCAAGUUUGUACAAGCCUAUACGCGGUAAUUAUCAUUGAAGUACAGUACCAGUUACGUACAAACAAAAAUCUUAAAUUAUCGCCCCCCUGAAUUUUGUAGAUGGUAUUCACGACACGCACAUGUUAUACAAUGGCUUAUAAACAGUUGAAGUGAAUACAGCAUAGUUCAUCGACGUUAUUAUGUUGUGACACAACUAUAAAAUAUAACUAUAGUUCGUAUUUGCGAGCUCAAGGCAAACAAUUGUAAUAUCGGUCAUGUUUUCGCUCGCUACGUUUGUUUAAACCAGAGUAGAGAGCGCAAACAUUACGAAAUGAGUAUCUAAAUGAAGAAUCUAAUUUGUUACACAGGGACUAGCUAACAGUUGUGGGUCGUUUGUUGAUUUUUUCAAUUUUGUCCUGCAAUACGAUUGGUUAAUGUUCUCUAAAUGGCCCCACUUACUGUAGAUGCACUGUAACUUCUAGACAAUGACAUACAUGCUUUUCAUUGUAGAUAGAGUUAGUUGGCCAUCAACUCCUUUGUUAUUUGUUUUGUAAACAUUGCCAAUUAAUACAUACUCUCCUUGUUUUAAUUAGGAUGAUUGCAGUGACAAUGAACCCGAUGAACCAAUGGUCAAUUGUAUUAUCUGCUACGUAGCUUUGAAAAUGAGUGCUGUCCCAAAACAUCAUCAAUUAGUGCAUGAUAGCAAACCAAAGGUAAAUUUUAUACACUCCAUUUUUUAACUUUAAAUUCUUCCCUUUAAUAUCAGUUGUGUAAAUUAUACAUAAUAAACUGUCUAAAAAUUUAAGGAAAAGAAGAGAAGAACACUGGACACUUACAUGGACACAAAGAGUAGCAAUGGGAGUGUAAGGUAUGGUGUAAUCUAUAGGGUAAACUACGGGAGUUUUGAUGCAUUUGCUCAACGUGCGACUGAUUGAUUGAAGAUACAUGUACAUCUAAUAAAAGCUGACAGGGUCGUGAAUAUAACAAAAAUUACAAUUUCUAAAUACACUAAUCUAUAUCUAUUUAACAACAUGCAUAUAUUAUAUAAUUAAUAUUAGAAUUCCCUAAUUCGGACAUUAAUGUCGGACAAGGGAGGGCGGCUGAAAUAUACUGUAUUUGACAUUUUUAUUUUACAUUAGGGAUUCUCCAGAGAAGACUACAUUAGCUGAUUUGGUCCCUAGUGCAACCUCAGCAGAGAUUGAAACUGCUCUGAAUAAUGCAAAUGGAAAUUUAGAUGCUGCUGCGCAAGAUCUUUUAGGUACAGUACAAUAUACAUGCUUACAAUAAUUCAUUUUUGACCAAAUUUUUCUUCGUAAAUUCUCAUUCAUAAAAUUAACAGGCUUAGAAGAUGACGUUUUCCCCGAUAUUCUGCCACCUCUGGUCGUCGAAUCUAUACGGGAAUCAGACGAUGCGCCUGUGCAGUCCAAACUUGACAAAUUCAGAGAAGACAACUUGGAUGGUUCAGCAAAACGACAGCAUUUUUUCGUAUCACGAGAAGAAGGUUUGGAAGAUUUGAAAAGGGACAUUUUAGGUUGCUACAAACAACAUGAUUGUAACUUGAGGGCUAAAAUGCGAGUUCGCUUUGAAGGCGAAGAAGGUGCAGGGAGUGGGCCAAUCCGUGAAUUUCUUUUAUGUGCAAUUGCAAUGAAAAUUGUGCAGGAAGGAAUUGGUUCGAAAGGAAAGCCAAUAAUAUUCUUCGAGGGCGAGGAUGAUCAUAAAUUACCCGUUCAUGAACAAACACUCAGAUGUACUGGAGCAUUCAGAGAAGUGGGUCGCAUUAUUGGUCAUUCUGUUCUCCAUGGAGGCCCAUUUAUGUAUGGGUUAUCGAAAGCAGUGAAACAGUACUGGGCUGCAACUGGAAACAAAGUAAGACCAAGAGACCAAGACGAAACUGCCACUCAAGCUCUUCCAAUUGUCAUUGAAGAUAUACCCGACAUUGAACUAAGGCAGUAUAUAUCGCAGGUAAGUACAGUAUCUGCCAUAAAACAGCAUGAAUAUUGAAUAAUAAAUACAAGAAAAGAAGAUAAUUGAUACGGAGUGAUAUCAACUUGGAACCAGGGUCUCUCUUGGGGAUAGACGGGCCUCUCUUGGGAGACCCUGGCUAGGGCUAUCUGGUCAUGUGACUUGCCAUAUUUCGGCGGAUUCGCUAUUUUUCAGGGAAAAGAUAGUAACUAAUAUGUUUUGUGUUGUAAUGUUAUUUUAAUUGGGUUUUUUUUGUGGAAACACCACGUAAAUUUAUCACUGCAAAGCUUUCGAUCCGUAAGCCCGGAUCUUCAUCAGUGCUAAUAAUAUGUGACUUGUUUAAUUCACACGCCCUUUUUAUAUACAAAAGUGUCGUGAUCUGUUGGCUCGCGUCAUUUAAAAUUAAUAUACAAUUAAUAAACAAUUAUACUUUAUCGCCAUGCAAUCAUACAAAGAACUUAAUGUUAUUUUAAUUAUAUUAAUGUUUACUACAAUAUUGACUUAUUGUCGCAUCCACGAAACAAAUGAGCAAAUCCGCCAAAAUAUGGCGGGUCUGGUGACCAGCCCCGACCAGGGUCUUUGCCAUAGCCCAUGCAAAGAGCGUGGCUUAUGAGCGUUGUAGUGAUAUAUAUUUAUUAUCUUACAACCACAGAAAAUAGUUGACUCCCGUCAUGACUACAAACGUAGUCAUAAAUGACAGGUUAACCCUACAGAGGUUAUUGCUCCAUUUACAGGGUCUCUAAUAAUAUGUAUUUUUAAUAUGUUCUUGCUUCAGCUCCAUAACCUCGCACCCGACGAAACACCAUCAGAUGACCUAAAGGAAAACUUAAUGCCAUACUUAAUUGAGGCAGGGAUUGAUGCUGACCGAAUUAAUGCGGAGUGGAACCUGGCGAUCCAAGGCCUGAUGCUUUAUUUUGUCAUCGAUAAGCGCAGAAGGGAGUUGGAUGAAAUAGCAAAAGGUAAUUAUACAUUGUUGCGAGAGGAUGGAAGGCAAUGUGAAUAGAAGCUGUGUAGUUGGACUGGUUUUUAAGUAUUAUUGGUAACAUUUAAGCCAGUACAUGGCAGGAUCUUAGCUAGGAUUUUAGAUCUUUGGCGUGUUUCUAAAUUGACCAAGGUGUGCACAUGUCAAUUGUUGGCUCGCCAACAACAGACAAUGCCUGUGGUUGUUCUAUGCUUUGGAACCAAACAAGUCAAGCAUACGCUCAUAUUGCGCACUGACAUUAAAAUAUUAAGUUAUUUCAGCAACUCUGGGGGUAUUUUAAACCAUUUUACCGUAACAUAUCCAUCAAAACAUAACAACAACAUGCACGGAUCAGUUUUGUAAAUUUCAACAACUACAGUACGUUAUACAAACUUUCUUACGACGGUAAAUAUAGGAAGAAAUUAUGUCUGUUGUAAGCAGUAACACCUUAUUUUAUGAACCUACACAGCCUUAUAUAAAUAAUGAAGCCGCGUUCAUUUUAUCUAUGCGUGUUUUUCCAUUUUUGGCCGUGAUAACACGGCCCUCUAGCUAAGACCCUAGUACAUGGUACAAUGUAUAUUAUUGUACUGUAUUAAAUGCAUAAGAAUCCAAAAUGUGUCACAAAAUCUUUAUUUAUUAUCAUUAAGAUAAAACAUUAUAUACUCAAAUGCUUUAUAUUUAUAGGUAUGAACGAGGAUGGACUGCAUUCAUUCUUAGGUGGAUUUGGAUUGAGUACUAUCGAAACUAUUUUUCCAAUGUCCUGUAUGAAAAAAGUAUCAGUCGACCAGAUGAAGGAAGUGAUAAUUUUCGAGGAACCGGGAGGAAAAGAAGACACCAUUGCUAUGUUUUACCUAUACUUAGAUUUUCUCGCAAAAUACACAGACG